AUGUUUGUCAUUCUGCCAAGGCGGAUCAUCAAUCGGGCAUUCAUCUGUGGCAUUAUCAUCGGGGAUCAUUUCUCUCGACGAAUAUAUCAGACGCGUUCUACUAUCUCUCCGGAGGUUCGCCGGCACCUACUACUCCAGCUGAACAUACGUCGUGACUGGGAUCUCUACGACUGGACGAUCUAUUCACAAACUGGAACCGUCGGUCUCUGUGUCUUCGGUCUCGGCGCUGGCCUUACACUACGCGAGCUUCCUUCUCAUUCUUAUAGAAAGUGGUUGCUCUGUAUUGGGUGGGUCAUUCCAAUUCUUUGCUAUGUCGUCAUGCUCUGCGGUCGUGGAAAGCAUGCAACCGCUAUCGUUCUUGCCUGGACGCAAAUUCUCAAAGGUCUUGGUGGUGGCAACUCCGUCGUCUGUGUCAAGGACAUGGGUAUCGUCAUCUCCAACUUGGCGCUGUGGACCAAGCUGUUCGGUGCGACCUCGACCGCUGUCGGCGAGUAUCCUAAUAUUGACAUAUUGUGUCCCUUCUCCCUCGUUCAACUAUUAGAAACUAAUCACCGUGCUCUGCCUUGCAUCAGCAACGACAUGCCCGCCAAUCUCGACAAAUACCUCACGCCUGUCGGUGUCAACGCUACGGCUCCAUCACAAGCGCGAGACAUCAGACCGACGAUAUUAGAGCGGGAGUCAUCGAAGCUUACGACGACACCGUCAGACCUCUCAUCAUCGCCUCGCUCGCUACGUAUCAUUUCAAUUGAUGCUUUCAUUCCACUCUUCGCCGCCCUCUGCACCACGAACUUCUACCUCGGCAAAACCCAGAACGCAGUGGACGGCAAGCUGCACCCCAUGUACCGCGUGGGUGCCGACAAUCCGAAUCAGCGCCACGACGAUUAUGUCGGGGAGCAGAGUGAGAGCGAAAACGAAAAGGGGGGCGUCCCGCCAAAGGGAGUUCAGGAAUCUGAGCUCGGGAGGCGUACCUAG